AUGGUUGCGCCCACAGAUACCCAGCCGCCGCCGGUGACUUGCGUGCUCUUGGAUUUCCCGGCGUCGCAUGUACUCCUGGUGACCAUCAACCGUCCGGCUCAGAUGAACUCGCUCUCCUUCCAGGCGGCGUGGGAAAUGGAGCGUGUCUGGGAGUGGAUGGACGAGGAGCCGCAGUUGCGAGUUGGUAUCGUCACUGGUGCCGGCAAGAAGGCGUUCUGUGCUGGAAUGGACAUCAAAGAUCGUCUAGAAAUAGAGAAACUUGACGAACUCGCCCUCGCCAAAGCAGUCAGCUACCCACCCGCUGGAUUCGCAGGACUCACCCGACGCAAUGGCAAGAAACCGAUAAUCGCAGCCUGCAACGGCCACGCGCACGGAGGAGGGUUCGAAAUCAUACUUAACAGCGAUCUCGUCAUUGCAGCAGAACACGCAGACUUCAGACUCCCCGAUUCCGAACGAGGGACAGGAGCUCUAUGCGGCGGCCUUCCUCGACUCGCUCGAAUCCUCACCCUACAGAGGGCCAUGCUCAUGGCGUUGAUGACAUACACACUACCGGCAAAGGAGGCUAUGGAAUGGGGAUUGGUUCAGAAGAUCGUGCCGGCAGACGAUCUGAUCAAGGAGGCUGUGAAGAUGGCCACCAUAAUAGCCAGGAUGAGCCCUGAUAGCAUUAUCGUCAACCGUGCCGGAGUGAGAGAGGGAUGGGAGCAGGGGAGCGUGGAACAUGCCUCGACGCUGAUAUGGGACAACUAUGCGAAGAAGCUGAUGUUGGGAGAGAAUGCGAUCGAGGGCAUGCAGGCGUUCAAAGAGAAACGGCGUCCAGUUUGGAAGCCAUCUAAGCUGUAG